AUGGGUGCAGCUGGAAUGGUCGAUGCUGUUAGGGGAGUCGCACUGGCAAUGGCCAUUUUGUGCACCCUAGUCUGCUGUCUCAGGCUGUACAAGCGAUGGGUGGCCGUAAAGACGUUCGAAAUGGACGACUACCUAGUAAUUAUAGCACUGCUCCUGGUUGAUGGCUACUUGGCCCUCGCAUACACUUUUACAUACUACGGCCUGGGCCUCCACCACGAGGACGUCCCCAGUGAUGAUGCAGUAGUAUGGAUGAAGAUCUACUAUGCCUCCCUCUGCAGCACCCUCGUUGUCAGCGCCAUCGUCAAAGUCAGCCUGGCAGCCUCCGCAAUGCGCAUCUUCCCCCAGCAGCAUCACAUCAAACUCAUCAGCCGGUACCUCAUCUUACUCCUUACUAUUUUCGCUAUAUCUGGAGUUCUCGCCCUUGUCUUCCAGUGCAACCCCAUCCGCGCCUUCUGGGACAAGACGCGAACAAUCGAACCAGUCCCAGACUCCGGCGCCUGUUUCUCAGCGGAAAAGACAUUCGCCAUAAACAUGUACCAGGGCGUGCUGUUAUUUUUGUUUGACAUCAUCCUCCUAAUCCUUCCAAUACCGACUGUCUGGAAAUUGGAUAUGCCGACUAGACACCGCGUCCUCGUGCUCCUCCUGUUCGGUUUAGGCCUUGUUGCUUGUGCCGCUGCGCUCGUGCGCUUUGUGAUCGUGGUUUACGUCCAGAAUACUACUGAUAUGCCAUUUAUAACAGCCCCGUCGUUGAUAUGCACCAUCAUCGAAUCAGCGCUCGGCCUCCUAAUCGGCUCGCUCCCCAUCCUCCACAAAUCCUUCCCCGUAUCAAUCACCAGCAGGAGACUGAGUCGGAGUCAGAGUCGCGCUGGUGCCCGGUGGGCCGCAUCCCAUCCACACUCAGCAACGGUAUACGAACUUGGUAAUAGCUGGGGACGCAAGCGGGGAGACGGCAUUUUGAAGAUCUCCGAGGUGCAUACUAGUUUCCAUGAAUAUAGGGCUUCCAUGCUUGCGAGGCCAGAGAGUCAGGAGAGGAUUGUGCCUGGGAACCUAGGUGGUAGUGAUACUAGUGCGAUAUAUGGGCUGGGAGGUGGGAGGUGGGGAGGGGUUAAGGUUAAUGUUAGUUCGACGCCUAGGUAUUGA